AUGACAACCAAGGCUCAUCCAUAUGGUAUAUCUCACAAUAUCGCUUUGGGCUCUUGUGAUGUUUCUUCUUUUAUUUCAUCUUCUACCUUGCAAUUACCAGAUAAUAAAACUGCAAAUGAUGAUUUGCCUAGAAAUCCAUAUGAUGUUGGUUUUUAUAGAGAAAAGGAUAUCUUGGAUCAGAGUUCCGGUAAAAGCCAGCCAAUAAAUGUCAUGAUUGAUAGUAACUUAAAGAAAAAGAUUUCAGAGAAUAGGAAAAAAUUAGUUCCAGUAGUUGAUACCAUCAUUCUUGCAGGUCGCCUUCAAUUACCACUUAGAGGUCAUCGCGAUGAUUCUCAGUAUCAUCCUGAAGUUGGUGAAUAUUCUGAAAAGCAUAAUGAGUUAAUUAGGUGUUGUGGUCAAUUCUUCACUGAACAGCUUCUAGUUGAAGUAAAAAAGAGCACGUUUUAUGCAUUGAUUGCAGACGAAACAUGUGAUAUUUCUAAUAAAGAACAGAUGUCUUUGGUUUUGCGUUUUGUUGACGAGGAGUUCAACAUAAGAGAAGAAUUUUUUCGUUUCAUUCAUUGUAGUGAGGGUAUGUCUGGGAAGGACCUUGCAUCUGUGAUUUUGAAAAGUUUAAACGAAGAGUUGAAUUUGAACAUUCAGGACUGUCGUGGGCAGUGGUAUGAUGGCGCAGGUGCUGUUGCUGGAUGCAUUAAUGGUCUUGCUGCAAGGAUUAAGAAUUUGAAUGAUAAAGCCAUUUACACACAUUGUUUCAGUCACAGAUUAAAUCUUAGUAUUUGUGGGACUUGUGCUGUUCAGUAUGUAAGAAAUGUUUUGGAACAUGUGAAGGAAGUUGCUAACUUUUUCAACUCUUCCCAAUGCAGACAACUAAUUUUGGAGAAUUGCAUUGGAGAAAACGGUCCAGAUUUUGCAAAAAAGAGAUUGAGAAGUGCUUGUAAGACAAGAUGGGUCGAGCGUAUUUCUAGCUUACAUACUGUUGAAGAACUGUAUGUUGCUAUUGUUUUUUCCUUGGAAGAAAUGAGUUUUAACGUCGAAGACAAGUGUAAUCGUUAG